ACUGCCAGUCCGUGCCUCCUGAGUGUGGUGAAUGAACGAUAAGCGCGGGGACGAUCGUGGACAGUUUCGCGUCGCACGAUUCCUCGUGGUUCCUCGGCCGCGGGUCUUGAGUCCUGACAGAGCGCGUGAAAAAGAGUGAGAAAGAGAGAGAGGAUGGUGCCGAGACGGCUGUGAGUCGGCGAGAUAAUUGGGGCCCAGGAAGCGAAACGGAACGAGCAAAAGGAAUGCGCGUCGUGAUGCUGCCGACUCCACUGGUGCUGAUCGCACGGUACUCCACGUUGUCGUCGUUGCUAUCAUCAUCGUCGUCGUCGUCGUCGUCGUGAGCGGUGACAGUAUAUCGCGAGCCAAUACCGCGAUGCAAUCCAUCUACUGGACUGGACGAUUGCUGUCGCGCGCGCUCUGGAACGGCAUCGCGAGCUAUAGCACCGCGUGCGGCGGCGAGCAGCAGCCGAGCGCGGCCGUCGCGAGCACCAGGCGCCGCGAGACCUCGCUCGUCUCCGCCGUGUGCGGUUUCCCCAAGGACUUUGCCCGGAGCCGGAUACGCAGGGGCCAGUUCGGCGACGACGCUUGGUUCACUGCCAGAUUCAGGACGGCCGAAGUCAUAGGUGUGGCUGAUGGUGUGGGGGGAUGGCGACAUUAUGGAAUCGAUCCAGGAGAGUUUUCUAAUUUCCUAAUGAGGACGUGUGAGAGGCUAGUCUCCAUGGGCAGAUUCACACCUACAGAACCAGCUGGCUUAUUAGCACGUAGUUACUAUGAAUUGUUAGAAAAUAAACAACCAAUAUUAGGUAGCAGCACCGCGUGUGUGAUAGUUCUUAAUAAAGAGACGAGCUGCAUUUACGCAGCCAAUAUAGGAGAUAGCGGCUUCGUAGUUGUACGACGGGGAGAGGUGGUACAUCGGUCUUCGGAGCAACAACAUUACUUCAAUACUCCCUUCCAAUUGUCGCUGCCACCUCCGGGACAUUCUGAUCUAGUACUUCGUGACAGUCCAGAAUCCGCUGACACUUCGAGUUUCGGGGUUGAGGACGGCGAUGUAAUCCUUCUGGCAACCGACGGGGUAUUCGACAAUGUGCCUGACCAGUUGCUAGUCACCGAGAUGCGUAAGAUUGAGGGCGAGAGAGACCCCACGAAAAUACAAUGCGUCGCUAACACGAUAGCGUGGAUGGCGCGUCGUUUGGCGUUUGAUGGCGCCUUUAUGUCUCCGUUUGCUCAAAAUGCCCGAGAGAAUGGGAUCGAUGCAAUAGGUGGUAAACCAGAUGAUAUCACGGUGCUUUUAGCAACAGUGGCGAUAUGAUAAAACAAUAAGGAACAAGUGUACAAUAGAGCCCUGAUGAUCAUUGUAUUAUAGUCCAUGUCAUUGCGUAUAUGUAUUUAGUUAUACAUCAUAUUAAUCCUAUUACGCUAAUCAUUUAUUAUUUAAAUCGAAAUAAAUGGUUUUGUAAAAUCA